AUGUCCUGGCACUGUAGACUCGCCGCCGGUAUGCGGGCCUCUCCGCGGGGGAUGACCCAGCCGACUAGCGGCCUCCUACUUCGCCCGAUCGCUCGAGUUGCGGGGGGGUUCUCCGCUCCAUCAGCGUCCAUCAUGUCUCAAACGACCGUCACCUACGCCAAGCGAACCCUCUCCACGACACAGCCUAAAUGCCUCAGUAUCGACAACAUCAAUCAGAACAUUCGAGGCGCCAAGUACGCCGUGCGAGGUGAAUUGGCCGUCAAGGCGGAGGAGUACCGUCGACGUCUCGCCGAUGGAGACAACGUGAUCUUCGCCAACAUCGGCAACCCUCAACAACUUGAUCAAAAGCCCAUCACGUUCUUCCGCCAGGUGCUCAGUCUGGUCGAGAAUCCCCUGCUUCUCGAGAACCAAGACGCGCUCAAGAACGCUUUCGGGUACAAGCAAGACGUGAUCGAUCGUGCUCAGACGUUACUGGCCAAUGUGCAAAGCGUCGGCGCCUACAGCCACAGCCAGGGAGCUCCCGGCAUCCGUGAGAGUGUGGCCAAGUUCAUUGAGGAGCGUGACGGCUUCUCUGCCAAUCCGCAGGAUCUCUUCCUGACUGCUGGUGCUUCGUCCGGUGUCAGCACUCUCCUGAAUGUCAUCUGCAACGAUUCCAAUGCCGGAGUGUUGGUGCCUAUCCCGCAAUACCCUCUGUAUACCGCCACCCUGGCUUUGCUCAAUGCUAAGUGCGUGCCGUAUCUCUUGGAAGAGGAGAAGGCCUGGGGCACUAAUGUAGCCGCCAUCACUCAGUCUGUCAAGGAGGCCAAGGCCGCUGGCACCAACCUGCGCGCUGUCGUGGUCAUUAACCCAGGCAACCCAACGGGUGCCUCCUUGACUGCCGAUGACAUCAAGAAGGUGAUUGAUGUCGCUGCUGAGGAGCAGUUGGUCAUCAUGGCCGAUGAGGUCUACCAGACCAACGUCUUUGAGGGCGAGUUUGUCUCCUUCAAGAAGCGCCUGCGCCAGCUGCAGCAGGAGUACCCUGGUACCUAUGAUGCCGUGGAGCUGGUCUCCUUCCACAGUACCUCCAAGGGUAUGGUGGGCGAGUGCGGUCAUCGUGGUGGCUACUUUGAGCUGGUCGGCUUUGACCCUCAAGUUCAGGAGCAAAUCUACAAGCUUGUCAGCAUUGGCCUGUGCCCGCCAGUCGUCGCCCAAUGCUUGCUUGAGACCAUGGUCAACCCUCCUCGCCCGGGCGAGCCCAGCUACGAGCUGUAUGAGCAGGAGUACAACGGAAUCCGGGAUGGUCUUCACAAGCGUGCCCUUGCGCUUUACAAUGCUUUCCAGCGUAUGGAGGGCGUGGAGUGCCAGAAGCCUCAGGGUGCUAUGUACCUCUUCCCUACCAUCCACCUGCCCGCCAAGGCCAUCGAGGCUGCCGAGGCCGAGGGUCGUGCUGCGGACGAGUUCUACUGCCUGAAGAUGCUCGACGCUACCGGAGUUUGCGCCGUUCCCGGCUCUGGUUUCGGUCAAAAGGAGGGUACUUUCCACUUCCGCACAACCUUCCUCGCGCCCGGCACAGCCUGGGUUGAGCGUAUUGUGAAAUUCCACACCGAGUUCCUCAAUCAGUACCGCUGA